AUGUUUGUGACUCAGCUCCAGAUUCGACAGCACUAUUAUGUCUCUGUGAAGUACCUGGACUCCCAAGUGGGCAGGUUGUUAAAUACUCUGGAUGAUCUGGGCCUGGCUGAAGACACUGUUGUGGUCUUUACUUCAGACCAUGGUAAGACAACUCUACCCUUGGUCCUGUUUAAAUAUAUUACGUACAAAUUUGUAGAUCUGUUGCAUACAUCUAACUGGUGUAGGCCUGGACCGUAUUGUAAGAUAUACCGUAUUGUAAGGUAUACCGGUAUGGAUCCACAUAGGGGUAGGGAUUUGAACUAUGUUGUCUAUAACUGUAUUUUGAUACAGUGCUAAAUAAAUGUCAUUGACUGUCAGUUUUGUCCUAGUUUGGUUGAGAAUUAUAAAACAAUCAGAAUAGAGAAAGACCAUUAAACCUCUUAGAAUUCAUUUGUUGCCUUCCUAGGGUCAUUACUCAUAAAAAAUUUAGUACUUUUAUUAUUCGGAAACAUAAAAUACCAUAAAAAAUUUGAACAAUAUUGUGUUCUGAUAGUUUGACCAUAUCGCCCAGUCUAAACUGGGCUGUGUUCAGUAUGAAAAAAUGGUGUGCAGCAUUCAAUUGAAUGGAAACGAUGCUGUUCUGCAUGACAAGUUGAAAAACAGGGAGGGUUUGGGUUGUGGGUUGGUAUGACGAUUCAAAAUACACCGCUGCCCUUUAAAUACGUCAUUCAUUGCUCCAAGCCACACCCCACCACACCCACCAAACGGAGCAAACAUACCUCAAAGUUUGUUCAAGAACGUGGGGAAACAUGUCGUUCAGUACAAACCGUCACGCAAUGUACCAAACGUUUAAUUGAACUGAACGAACCCCUAGUGUCUGUAAUGGUCUGUCAAUGGCUUUGACUUUUCAACAGGCAAAUUACUUGAGGUACUCUUUAGCCACUAGAUGGGGGUGUGACAACAUAAACAUUCUGCCUUAACCUUCCUGAGUUGACAAAGACUUACUUCACCAGCCUCAUGCUUGGAUCUAUUCAUAUCAAAUAUCAGUCCCUCCAGGAUUCUGCGAUCACAUUUUUUUGGGUGCAAAAUCAACAAUUCCCUCCAUAUUAUGCGAGGGCUUGCAAAUUUGAACAAUCACCGCACUAUUUCUACAUAAAACAAAGUGAAAUCAUCGCAUAAAACUGACCCAUCACUGCGGUAAAAAAAAGAGGGUUUGUAUUUUCAACCAAUCACCACACAUUUACCACAUAAUAUGGUUCAAUCAAGCCACACGUCAACACAUUUUUUCCCUCGUCAGCGCAUUUCCACGACAAAUUGGACAAAAUCAUUGCAUAUUACCGUGCAAAAUGUCAGAAUUUUGGCCUGCAAAUGUCACAUAAAAUCCCUGCAAAAUCCUGGAGGGACUGAUAUGUUGACUUGACUACGAAUUGUCUGUUGAUUUACAGGAGCAUUGAAUGUAAAAUGAGUGAUUGUUACACAUUUUUUAUUCUAUACCUGUAUGUUGCAUACCAUGGCCAAUAUUAAAUGUUAUAUUGUCUGAUUGUUUAAAUACAUUGCCGUUUAUGUAAAAUAUUAUUAAUUUCUCUUACAGGAUGGUCACUUGGGGAGCAUGGGGAAUGGGCCAAAUACAGCAACUUUGACGUGGCCACUCGCGUUCCCCUAAUGUUCUAUGUACCAGCUGUGAAUGCAGUCUGUCCGUGGCCAGGGGAUAAGAUCUUCCCCUACAUAGAUGUGUUUGGUCCAGCACAGCAUCACUUUACACAGGGUUUUCACUCAUAUACAGUUGAAGUCGGAAGUUUCAAUACACCUUAGCCAAAUACAUUUAAACUCAGUUUUUCACAAUUCCUGACAUUUAAUCCUAGUAAUAAUUCCCUGUUUUUAGGUCAGUUAGGAUCACCACUUUAUUUUAAGAAUGUGAAAUGUCAGAAUAAUAGUAGAGAGAAUGAUUUAUUUCAGCUUUUAUUUAUUUCAUCACAUUCCCAGUGGUUCAGAAGUUUACAUACACUCAAUUAGUGUUUGGUAGCAUUGCCUUUAAAUUGUUUAACUUGGGUCAAACGGUUCGGGUAGCCUUCCACAUGCUUCCCACAAUAAGUUGGGUGAAUUUUGGCCCAUUCCUCCUGACAGAGCUGGUUUAACUGAGUCAGGUUUGUAGGCCUCCUUGCUCGCACAUGCUUUUUCAGUUCUGCCCACACAUUUUCUAUAGGAUUGAGGUCAGGGCUUUGUGAUGGCCACUCCAAUACCUUGACUUUGUUGUCCUUAAGCCAUUUUGCCACAACUUUGGAAGUAUGCUUGGGGUCAUUGUCCAUUUGGAAGACCCAUUUGCGACCAAGCUUUAACUUCCUGACUGAUGUCUUGAGAUGUUGCUUCAAUAUAUCCACAUAAUUUUCCUUCCUCAUGAUGCCAUCUAUUUUGUGAAGUGCACCAGUCCCUCCUGAAGCAAAGCACCCCCACAGCAUGAUGCUGCCACCCCCGUGUUUCACGGUUGGGAUGGUGUUCUUCGGCUUGCAAGCGACCCCCUUUUUCCUCCAAACAUAACGAUGGUCAUUAUGGCCAAACAGUUCUAUAUUUGUUUCAUCAGACCAGAGGACAUUUCUCCAAAAAGUACGAUCUUUGUCCCCAUGUGCAGUUGCAAACCGUAGUCUGGCUUUUUUAUGGCGGUUUUGGAGCAGUGGCUUCUUCCUUGCUGAGCGGCCUUUCAGGUUAUGACGAUAUAGGACUCGUUUUACUGUGGAUAUAGAUACUUUUGUACCUGUUUCCUCCAGCAUCUUCACAAGGUCCUUUGCUGUUGUUCUGGGAUUGAUUUGCACUUUUCGCACCGAAGUACGUUCAUCUCUAGGAGACAGAACGUGUCUCCUUCCUGAGCGGUAUGACGGCUGUGUGGUCCCAUGGUGUUUAUACUUGUGUACUAUUGUUUGUACAGAUGAACGUGGUACCUUCAGGCAUUUGGAAAUUGCUCCCAAGGAUGAACCAGACUUGUGGAGGUCUACAAUUUUUUUUCUGAGGUCUUGGCUGAUUUAUUUAGAUUUUCCCAUGAUGUCAAGCAAAGAGGCACUGAGUUUGAAGGUACGCCUUGAAAUACAUCCACAGGUACACCUCCAAUUGACUCAAAUGAUGUCAAUUAGCCUAUCAGAACCUUCUAAAGCCAUGACAUAAUUUUCUGGAAUUUUCCAAGCUGUUUAAAGGCACAGUCAACUUAGUGUAUGUAAACUUCUGACCCACUGGAAUUGUGGUACAGUGAAUUAUAAGUGAAAUAAUCUGUCUGUAAACAAUUGUUGAAAAAAUGACUUGUGUCAUGCACAAAGCAGAUGUCCUAACCGACUUGCCAAAACUAUAGUUUGUUAACAAGAAAUUUGUGGAGUGGUUGAAAAACUAAUUUUAAUCACUCCAUCCUAAGUAUAUGUAAACUGUAGUUAGUAACUAGUUUUAAUUCCUUGUGUGUACUUCUCUUAUACUUGUCUUUAUUAUAUCAUUAUCACUGAUCUGGCAAGGUGUGACAGAUGAAAGCAGCAUGGUGGAAACCUAUCCAGUCUUUUUUCCCCCUAUCUAACAGUGGUAUCGUAAAGGAAAGAAAGCCAUUGAGUAAUUUGAGACACACUUUCGUAUUCCUCUGGCUCCUUCCUGUCCCUGUGACAAUCAUUCUCCCACAGGACAGAUUGGUGCAAGAGAAGUUUGUUCUCUACUAUGUAACAUUGUUAUUCCCAGUGUAGUACAUUAUAUGUUGAAGGGUUGUGACUCUACCUUACUCUCCUCCACAGGAUGAACAGUGAGGAACGUGAAUGAGCUGCUAGAUGUCUUCCCCACAGUGUCCAACCUGGCUGGGCUGAAGCCCCCACACCCCUGUCUUGAUGACUCCUUCGACGUGGAGCUCUGUACCGAGGGAGACAACCUGGCCUACACCUUCAAGCACCUAGAUGACAGCAUGGACUUGGAGUCCAUCGCCUGCAGCCAGUACCCUCGGCCUGCAGACACCCCCCAGGAGAACUCUGACCUACACAACCUGAAGGACAUUCGGGUGAUGGGCUACUCUCUGACCUCCUGGGACUACCGCUUCACCCUGUGGGUGGGCUUCGACCCUGCUAGCUUCCAGACUGACCUGGUGGUCCACGCUGGGGAACUGUACCUCAUGGAGAGAGACCCAGGCCAGGACCACAACCUGUACAACGGCUCUGAACACAGCCUCCGACUCCGCAAGCUGGGCCAGGGCUAUCAUCAGCUGCCCUGGGCCCAGACCCUCAAACAACACCUCUACCUCACUGCAGAGACUAAAUCUAAAGGGAUGGCAUGA